GAAGAGCUGCGCACACAAUGCACAGCACGGCUGACAAGGGUUGUGUCUGCCUCAUUUUCACCAUUAAUUCCCAGUUCCGUGGAAACUUGCGAAAGAACAGCGGCGGAGCCUUUCUGUUUUCAUCUCUCAGUGUACUUGGAGUCUGAGCUCAGCGAGAUUAAGACAUCGCUGAGUGGACACGACGGUCAAACAGCUGAACUUCUUCUAAACAUUGGAUUAUAAGGAGGGCUUCAUGAAGGAGAAGAGCUGCCCGACGGGGGCUCGAGUGCCGACACCCUGUAAAUCGACAUCGAGGCUUUAAAAUUUGGGCCUCAGAGGUUUUUCUUGACACGAAUGAAGAACGAGGGGAGAGUUGCUUGAUUUGGCGACACAGUUUAGCUCUACGUUUGUUCCGCAGUUCAUGAUUGUCGUAUGUAAUAUUAGCUUCCCUUAAAAUCCGAGGGCUUCUUGCGGAAGGCUAACAGCUAGCCGCAGUGCUAACGACGUUACGUCUUUCUUUUGAUGAAUUCAACCAUCACCAUCGGCCAUUAACAGUUCAACAGGGGGUAUAUUUGCUCUUAUUGGCGGAUGGAUAUAGGUCCAGCUCUACUGCUCGACCAAUCAGUCUUUGGACACGUUAUAAAAAUAUAGGCAUAUUCUUAGGUUCCGUGUAUAUAUAAUAUUGUAUCGCUUUAGCUAUGCUAUCCGAAACAGCUAAACACUGAUCAACGAGUUCUAGUAGGCUUUCCCACUUAAAGUUAAUUAGCUCAUUGUAUUAGUUAAAUUCCCAUUCUUUAACUCUGGCUGUCAACGGUAAACUUUGACAUUGUCAAAUAUUAUUGAAAAUGAUUGGUUAUUGGCCUUGCUAGCUCGCUAAACGUAUGUCAUUUUUACCAUUUAAUUUGUCAGCGUGUUCAGAAAAAAAAAAAAAAAAAAACAUCUAGAGAAAAUUGUAUUUGUUGUGAAAAUGAUCGCAGAUGUUGGUGUUCCUUUUGUUUUGUAAUUUAUAAGCCUUCUGUUUUGGUCUGUCUGUCCCUUAUCUAGACUUGCCUUUUUUGUUUACAUGCGUCUUGUUAGCUCAUAUUAGCCUUCAGAGGAGACAGUCAGCUAUGUCCUGACAUCUGAGUGACGUUCUGGAUGUUCGAUAUUCCCAUGUGGAUCCAAGUCUGUGUUCAUAUUCAGUGAGAUGACACUGAAAUUUCGCAAAAAGAAAGGCACUGAUGCCAACAGACUGUUGUCAGGGGACGGUAAAUAAUAGCCAUUGGUUCCAUUAACGCCAUUUUAACAGGGGCUCCCUCAUAGGGCCUGUGUGUGGUGUGGUUGUUUUUCCUUUUCAUUCUUUUAAAUUCACGGUUCGGUGCCUUCUGCCGGACCGGGACUAAAAUAAAGUGCCUUUGCUCCCAUUGGAGUUACAAAGGGAGGCGGCCUCGGGGUAUGGAGGGUCCGAGCCGAAGCGCUGGAAUGAGAAAGAGCCGACGGUCCCGUUCGCAGCGCGACAGGGAGUUGAGGCGGCGGAGGAGAGUGAACCUGGCCGAGGAGCGGGCCACAUCCCUGUCCUCGGGCUCCGAUCGAGAGGGCCGCGGGACGAACAGCGUCCUGGGUCCCAGUGGGAGAGAAUGUCGGCCCGGAUUUGGAAGACACAGGCCUCCGCGUCGGAGGAAGAGGGAGUCGGUGUCCUGCGAGGAAGACAUCAUUGACGGCUUCGCUAUUGCAAGCUUUAUUACCUUGGAGGCACUGGAGAUGGACUGUUCCCUGAAGCCCAAUCAACGCACUGAUAUGCUGGGAAGGCGGAACAAGGGGAAGAGGGGCCCUGAGGAGAACGGAGGAGGGCCGCUGUCAGAGCCUGAGGAAGGGGCCCCGCACAGCUACUCCAGCAGCAACUUGAAGAGGAGAAACAAGAGAAGAAAGAUAGAGGGUUCUCAUUUGGAGACAGGCUACAUUUGCGACACAGAGAGUGAUACAGGGGAUAAGGCCACCGAGAAUGAUAUGGAUCCAGUGUUCACAGUCAGCACCAGAAAAGCUUUGGAUCCGUCGCCUUCAAACCUAGGCACAUCGGGCAAAAGCUGCCCUCCUCUGUCAGCACGUUGCGGUGGUAUCUCGCGGUUAACAGUGACCCCGCGAGUAUCUGGCCUCGAACGAAGUCAGGAGAAAAGCCUCGAGCCACACUUCCCAGAGCCGGUUUCUUCUUCUACCUCUUCUGGUUCCAUUUCUUGGUUGUCUUCCCACUCCCCGGGCACAGCCUCUGUCGCCGUCCCUCGGCCCAGCCCAGUCAAUGGAAACAGCACCCACCACAAUGGCAGCCCACCCCUUUCCAAGCCAAAACCAUUCCCGAGUUUGCCUCUGCGAUCUCAGUCCAUCUAUAACAGCAGCAGUGCCCCAGUCAAACCUCCAUCAUCUGCUUCAUCUGUUGCUGCUUCCUCGUCCUCCAUGCGCCCUCCAACUCCUUCUACUAGUGUGUCUCUGCCCUACAGUCGAGGAUCAGGCUCUUCAGGGUCUCUCCAACCCCCAUCCCUAGCCAGCUCUGCGGCCUUGUUCGCGUCUUCCCCUGGUCUGCCUCCACCACCACCGUUGCUUCCUCCUGCCCACUCAGCAGCUUCAGAGCGCGACGGCAGACGCAGCGCGCCAGGGCCUGAAAAUAACUCUGCAGCAGCAGGCCGCAACACUCCUGGCGGUCCGUCAGCGCCGAAUUCGGCAUCAGGCUCAUCAGGCAGGACGUCCCAGAACCAGACAAGCGUUCCGCCAUUGGCCUUCCAGUUCCAUCAGCACAACCACCAGCACCAACACACUCACACUCACCAACACUUCACGCCUUUCCUGCACCCCUCUGCCACGGCACCGCCUAUGUUUGAGAAGUUUCCAGCUAAAAUGGACGGACUGUACCGGCAGUCUUUCUUCCCACAGUAUCCUUCACCCUCAGUGUCAAGUAUUCCACCUGUUAUUCCUCCUGCCGGGCCCUUCAGCUCUUUGCAAGGAGCAUUUCAGCCAAAAGGACCUGCUCCUGAUUUAACAGCUCGACUCGGGGUUGUGCCUCACCACCUGCAGACCAAAGACCACAGGCUAACUGAUCCGUUUGGGACAUCACUGAAAAUCAGUAACAAACCAGGAAAAUGGUGUGCUAUGCACGUACAUGUGGCCUGGAUGAUUUUAAGCCAUCAGAGAAAAGUAAAGCUGAUGCAGGCUGAUCCUCACAAGCUGGACUUCCGGAGUGACCUGCUUUCCCGUUACCCUGGAGCUGUGGGUCUGGGAGGAGCCUUGCCUCCCACUCAUGAUUUGACCAGACCUCCGAGUAUUUUCCCUGCUGCAGGUGUAGUCAACCCAUCCGCAGCACCUUUCAUCUCCCAAUCAGCGCCACAUUCCUCUUUCCUGCCACCAGCUGCGCACUUGGAUCCUUAUGGUCGAUCCCCUCCGUUUGCUCCGCUGGGAGCCCUUGGUUCUGGUGCCUUUGGAGGACUUGGCAGCCCAGCAUUGGCUGGCUCUGUGUUUAGCCCUAAAGACCCUCCAUCCGGCGCGGUUGGGGGCUUACCCCCCUCCAACCAUCAUGACCCAUGGAACCGUAUACACGGUGGUCCUUCGGGAUUCCCUGGAGGUCCCUGGGUAAAAGGAGUGGACAAAAGGGACGAGAGAGAUCGAGGGAAGGAUGUAGAGAGGAGAGAAAUCCCACACAUUAAGGAUGAAAAGGACAGAGACAGUAUGGUGUAUGGCCGACAACAUGUGAGAAUGUCUCCAGUUGGUCCGCCUUUCAAGGCCCGCAGUAGCACCCCAGUCAACCACAUCAAUGGCCACAGCAGCGCCCUAGGAGGGAGCAGUGGAGCCAUCGAGGACCUGACACGGAGCUUAAACAGAGACCGCGAGCGAGACAGAGAUGGAGACAAGAGGCCAUUGCCAACAAUGUCUUCAAGGGCUCUUCCUCUUGGCUCUUCAUCUUUAGUAGCAGACAGGGACAGGCCACGGUCUUCCUCAUCCUCUGUGCUCAAUACUCCACCUCCCUCGCACCGCUCGAUUCCAUCUCCAUUGGACCUUUAUCCCCGCUCCCAAGCUCAGACGGCACCAAACCCCCACAACGAUCAUUCCCAAAGAGAUGGUAACCUUCCUGCCUCCUCUGCAGCUUCUUCUUCCAUUUCGUCUUUGUCUCACACAAAGAAGUCUGACCGUACCACGACGCCCGUUUCUAAGUCUGCCCUGCUUCUGCCGCCAGUUAAAGUCAAAGAGGAGAGGAAGGAGGAGCCAGAGCACAUCCCCAUUACCCAUCCACCAGUGUCCAGCCACACCUUUGACCGCCCCAACAGCCAUCCACAUCACCCCAGGUCUGGUACUCCUUCAUCUUGUUCUUUGUCACUGACUCCUACUCCUGGUGUUCCACUCCCACCACCUUCUCAUAACCCACCUCCCCACCUGCAAAUGCUGGACCGCUCAAGGUUUGAAGCAAUCCUGGGAAGCACAGCAGGUCCUGCAGGACUGAUGGUCAGUUCAGCAGGAGAGAGAUUUUCACACGGACCUCCUCCAGGACCAUCACAGGGUCCGCAUAGCUUCACCUGGGACCCCUGGAGGGAGAUGGCAGCUCAUCAUCAACAUCAGCAGCAUCGGAGGGAGGCUAUGGCACUUCGGUCAGAUCCACAUCUGGCACUGCGAUCCGAUCCACAUUUAGCUCGACUUCUCCAACAUCAAAGGCACAUCCUGGAGGCCGAGAGGGCAGCGGCUGUAGCUGCAGCAGCCGGACCUCAGCACCCUCCGACAUCUACCUCCGCUGCUGCUUCCUCUGCUGUUCGAUCGGAGUUUGGCCUGAUGCCUUUUGAUCGCCCUCCUCAGCUGGGACCCCCAGGUGGUGGGCUUUUAGACGAGGAGCAGAGAGCCCAGAUUCUGAGGGAAGACUUUGAGCGCGCGCGCUACUUUGCAAUGCACCAACACCUCCCUCAUGGUUCGCAUCUCUCAAGCCCCUCUCAUGCUGCUGUGGCCGCUGCUCAUCUGGAGCAGCUCCAUCCCGCCCUUCUCCCUCACGGCCUCCCUUCAGGAGCCAGUGCUGCUUCCCAGCACCACCCUGGCCUUUACUCGCGUCUAGGUCCCAUCAACCCACACCACAUGUCCAAUGGCAUCCUCGCAAAGGACUUGGUGGGGGCUUUGUCGGUGGGGGCACCGCCCCCGCUCAUUCCCUCCAUCGCCAGCCGGUCGGCCACACCACCUCGUACUUCAAGACUUGGAGUGCCAGGUGAGCUGGCACUGUACAGCGCCCACAAAGACGGAGAAUCCAGAUAGUACUGGGACAACACUGGAGGAGAUGAAGGGAAAUGUCAGGAUCACUGUGCUGCUCUCAAACUGCCCCCUUUUCCUCUUGCAGACUACUAAAGCCCUGCCUUCCCAGUUACACAACCAGACCAGCUCCAGUCAUCACACAAAUUUAAAGAAAAGACAACAAACAAAAAAAAAAAAAAGAUUAAACAUAAAUGGCUGGAGCAGAUGGUUUAAAUGAAUACGAAAGACUUGGAAUAUGCUCAGUGGUUUUAUCAGUGCAAUUUAAAGGUACAUGGUUUCUGUGCAUCCUUGAUGUAUUUUUUGUUUUAUAUAGACUGUUGGUUAAUACAGUGCUCAGAUUUGAAAGCUGUAAGAAGAGGCAGAGGACAGCUUUUUUUCAUUAUCAGGUGAAUUAUAAUUCAGUCUCUUAGGCAGGCCUUUUCAAGGUGGAUUGGGAAUGAUUUCCAGAGGGUCGCUCACCUUAAAGACAUUCAUCCUUAACUUGGUUAACUUAUAAAAUACUGUAUCUUCAUGCCCUCUUCAACUUAAACCAGGUAUUUUAGAUGGGGCGUUAAAUAAAGAGGUAAAGUGGUGCUUCUUCCUUUUUUCUGCAUCCAUCAUCAUAAAAAGACAGAUUACUGGUGCGACCAUGUAAUUCUGAUCAGUAAACAUCUUACCUCAGUUUUCUGCUUCACUCCAACCCUCACCUUUUCUCAGAUUCAUCCUUGUUCUGCUGGUUUCUCUUGUCAAAUUGAACUGUACUACACUGUGUGAGUAAACACAGCAUUUUAGAGCUUCCUGUAACUGUUCUCUCUCAUCUGUAAGAGCAGGUCCAGAUUAUAGUAGUUUAGAGAAAUUGCCUUUGUAAUUAUUAUACUUAACAUUAAUUAUCUUCUAUAAUAAUAAAUAUAUUCAUUGUUAUGUUAUUUGUCUUUGUUUGGUUCCCAACCAGCACUCUUUCCCCCAGGUAGGGAAAAGGCUUGCUUCAUGGAACGCUUUUUAAAUGCUUGUGAACAUUAAGCCUUAUCCAUUGCAACCUCUGGCCUCUUCAAGGAACUGAGCUGCGACUAUUGUGAUGAGAGCGAAGUUUGCCUUUGAGUCACUGGUUGUGUGCUAUCUGUUGGGACUGCGGGAGCCUUGUACAUUGAACUGUCAAGUUGGUUCAAUAACAAAAAUAAAUUAUAUACACAGAUAAAUGGGACAUCUGCUGAAAAACUGAAAAAAAAAAAAAUAUAUAGAGACUUGUGUCAAAAGGCAAUUAGAGACGGUGGAAAUCCUGAGAGGGGAAAAGACUGGGUCGAAUAUUUUAAUAUGACCAUUUUAUACCUUUCAAACCCCACCCCUAGAGACCACAAAGAAUAAUUAUUAAAUGAAUUGUUGUCUA